CUAGAGCCUGAGAAGUCAGGAGGCCAGAAGUUGAAAUUCUGCCAGGAGCCUAGGAACCCUCCUGGCUUCCUGGAGCUCUUUAUCUGGAAAGAUGAUUUUGAUUUGGUUCUUUUUUAUAUUAUCUCGGCUAAAUACACUCCUGUUUUCCUCUACUUCUUAAAGGCAAGGAAACAAGACAGCUGGGAAGAUAUUCAUUCAGACACAGAUGUUCUAACCUCAAUCCAAACCAAAGAAGGUCUGAAACUCCUGUUGGUAAGGGCGGAUGUUUUACAUUUCUCGGGCGAUGUCAUCAUCAACACUGUUCCUAGGACUCUUCAGCUCGGAGGAGGACGGCUGUCUCGGGUUCUUUUGAAGAAAGCUGGUCCAAAUCUCCAGAAAGAGUUAAAGGCCAAAACACAAAAAGCAGAAGAGAAAGUGGGUAGCAUAUUUGUGACAAGUGGCUACGACCUGGGCUACCGAGCUGUGAUCCAUGUCAUGGCUCCAGGCUGGGAUAAGGGAGCAGGAUCAUCACGGCAGAUCAUGGCAAAAAUAAUCAGGAAAUGUUUGAAGACUGUAGGAAAAUCUUUCGCUUCGAUCACAUUCCCCAUGAUUGCAACAGGAAAUCUGAGGUUCCCCAAAGCUAUUUUUGCUGAAUUAAUCCUUUCAGAAGUGUGCAGUUUUAGUAGCAGUGCACAGCUGAACAGCUUACAAGAAGUUCACUUCCUGGUCCAUCCAAGUGAUGAUGAAAGCUGUCAGGCAUUUUUAGAUGAAUUCACCAAAUGGUUGAAAAGAAACCCCAACAAGGACAGAUGUCUCAUGGUUGGAGAUAACCAAGGUAUCUUUGGGACUGUGUCGAACCCUGCGGUCUCAACGUAUGAAAUGAAAAUUGGUGCAAUUACUUUCCGGGUUGCUAUUGGAGAUAUCACCAAAGAAAAAGUAGAUGUUAUCGUAAACUCAACAACAAAAACAUUUAAUCUGAAAUUAGGGGUGUCAAAAGCAAUUUUAGAAGGUGCUGGACCAGCUGUGGAAAAUGAAUGUGCUUGGCUAGCUGCACGGCCUCAUAGAGACUUUAUAAUUACACAAGGUGGAUACUUAAAGUGCAAGAUAAUAAUGCAUGUUCUUGGAGAAAAUAAUGUCAGAGAUACAACUUCCACUAUCCUAGAAGAGUGUGAACGGAGGAAGCACAGCUCCGUUUGCCUUCCAGCUAUCGGAACAGGAAAUGCUGGACAGCAACCCAUCCAAGUUGCGGAUGGUAUAAUCAGUGCUACUGAAGACUUUGCAAAGAAACAUUCUACUCCAUCAUUAAAAAGUGUUAAAGUUGUCAUCUUUCUACCUAAGCUGCUAGAUGUAUUUUAUGAAAACAUGAAAAAAAGAGAACCCUCCAUGCCACAUAUCGUUCAGCCCACAUUCUCCAAUACUGAAUGUGAAAUUCCUGAUCACUGGACUGACAUGAAUCAGCAGCUGUUCUGUGUGAUCCCGCUACAUCGUGGACAGUCAGAAUAUACUGCUGUGAAAGACAAGUUCUCUCAGAUCUCGCAUUCCUUCAAAAUAAGAAAGAUUGAGAGGAUACAGACAUUUCUCUGGCAGAGCUACCAGGUAAAGAAAAAACAGAUGGACAUCAAGAAUGGCCAUACGAAUAAUGAGAAACUGCUCUUCCAUGGGACAGACGCAGCCUCAGUGCCCCAGAUCAAUCAGCAUGGCUUUAAUCGCAGUUUUGCUGGAAAGAAUGCUGCCUGCUAUGGGAGAGGAACCUAUUUUGCUGUUGAUGCCAGUUAUUCUGCUAAUGAUAAAUACUCCAUACCAGACAGCAAAGGGAGGAAGCGUAUUUAUGUGGUGCGAGUACUUACAGGAGACUAUACACAUGGACAAACAGGAAUGCUCACCCCUCCAUCAAAGAACUCUGACAAUACCAAAGAUACGUAUGACUCGGUCACAGAUGAUAUAAACCAGCCAAAGCUAUUUGUGAUAUUCUCUGAUUAUCAAGCGUACCCAGAGUACCUUGUAACUCUGUCAAAAAGAUAGGUUUUUCUCCAUUUCAAAGAGAAAAGAGAUGGAGAAAACAUCUUACAUCUAUAAGAACAAUUUAUAGAGCUUUAAUCUAUCUGUAAGAACAACUUCUAGAGCUUUCGUCUUUGCCCUUGGCUUGUUUCCAUAGAUAAAAAUCUCUCUGUUAGGUGCUGAAAUGCUGAAACGAGCCUUUAAAAACUGUCCUAUUGGGAUUUGUAGUGCACCACUCUUCUGAGCAUCCUGAUGGGUGGAAGCUGAGAAAUGUAAAUGACACAAUUACAGCUACAACCACUCACAGACACCAAAUCUGUAGGAAAACAAAGAGCACAUUACUUUCUUCAGAAAAGAAUAAGCAGAACCGCUUUAAAACCAACAUGUCACUGUUCUUACGGGAACACAUUAAGAUAUCAAACUGUGUUGAGCUAACCAUACUAUUAAAUAAAUAGGCUGCUAUAGUGCAUCUGUAACAGCUGAGGAGCUCUCCUCCUUAAGAAACACAUUGGGAGUUCCCUGGUGGCCUAGUGGUUAAGGAUUCAACUUUGUCACUGCUGUAGCUCAGGUUCAAUCCCUGGUCCAGGGACUUCCGCGUGCUAUCGGUAUGGCCUCCAAAAAACCUAAAACAAAACACAUUGGCAGGAGGUCAGCUAGAUGACUGAAUCAAAGAAUCUUACCUCAAGUCUGUUAUAGAACAAAUCAGGUAAAAAUAUGUUGUAUUGUUAUUUAAUGCCACCUAACAAAUGACCACAAAGCUUGGUGGCUUUAUGGGUAAGGAAGUCAGGCAUGGCUCAGCUGGGUUUUUCUGGGUUAGGGCCUCUCAAGAAGUUGCAGUCAAGAUGUUGACAGGGGGAGUUCCUGUCGUGGCGCAGUGGUUAACAAAUCCGACUAGGAACCAUGAGGUUGCGGGUUCGAUCCCUGGCCUUGCUCAGCGGGUUAAGGAUCUGGCAUUGCCGUGAGCUGUGGUCUAGUUCGAAGAUGUGGCUUGGAUCCCGUGUUGCUGUGGCUCUGUGGAAGACGAGCAGCUACAGCUCUGAUUAGACCCCUAGCCUGGGAACCUCCAUAAGUCACAGGAGCAGCCCUAGAAAAGGCAAAAAGAAAAAAUUUAAAAUAAAGUUGUGGUGGUUUCUUGAGGAAUAAAACAUAAAUGAAUCAAUAAUUAUAUACCUAUAAAUUUUACCAUCUAGCAGUCUGGAGUUAAAUUUAAAAUUUUUGGCCCUCGUGAGCAGUGGUUUUGAUGUGGGAUCUCAGUUGCCAGACCAGGAAUUGAACCUGGGCCUCUGCAGUGAAAGCACCAAGACCUAACUACUAGACCAUAAGGGAACUCCCUAUCUUUACAUCUUUUCAGUCCAUCGCUUUCCUAGUUGUUGGAGGUAUGGUGGAGGGGGUUGGUUGACACCCUCUUACUUCUUUUUAUGUUGUUUAUUCUGUGUUGGUAUUUUCCUUGUCUUAGGCACUUUUGUUGCCCCUUUAUUGGAAUUAAUAUGAAAGAAAAAACAUCCUGCACUAUCAGCUACAAAGGCCUACAGAGAAGCUUUUUUUCUUUUUUUCUUUUUUUUUUUGUUGUUAGAAAGUUUGUUCUGAUAGGAGUGUCUUUACUUUUUUUUGGUUUGUUUGUUUGUUUGUUUUUUAGGGCUGCACCUGUGGCAUAUGAAAGUUCCCAGGCUAGGGGUUGAAUUGGAGUUGCAGCUGCCAGCCUACACCACAGCCAUGCCACAGCCACAGGAACAGCAAUGUCAGAUUCAAGCCUCAUCUGUGACCUGUGCUGCAGCUUGCAGCAACACCAGAUCCGUAACCCAUUGAGCAAGGCUGUUUACUCACAGACACUAUGUCAGGUUCUUAACCCAUUGAGCCACCAUAGGAACUCCUCUAGGAGCACCUUUUAUUCUGAAGUUUAGUCUUUGAGCCCAGUUCCUGACACAGAGUUCUUAUAUACCUUGGAAUUUCCUGGGCAUGGCAGUGUCUUUUGUUCUAAUGAGGUGACUCUUGUGGGUUUCUGGAUGGGGGGACUGGCCACCAGAGAGAUCAAGCCAUGAUUAGAAGCUUGGAACUUUCAGUCUCAUCCCCUGUGCUCCAGGAAGGGGAGAGAUGCUGGAAACUGAGUUAAAAAAUUAUUCAUGCCUACAUGAUGCAACACAUGUAGGCAAGACACAAAUAGCACAAACUACAGAAGCAAAGAUAAAUAUAUUUGACUACAUUAACAUUUUAAAACUUGUGGCUCAGGGUUAAGAUGGCUGAUUGAACAUAUGCAUCUAAUUUUGCUUCCUCCCCAAGCUUUAGGAAAACCACAGUACAGGGAUUUAAAUGGAUAUAUAAGCGCUUAAGAACAGGGAGAAUAGAAGAUGGUAGCAAAAACACUUUAGAAACUGACUCCAGAUAGCUCAACCUUAAGCUAGAAAGUGGAAAGAAAGCCAAGAACCAACCUGCUUUUCCCUUAAGAGGCUCAGGAACUGAUAACAUGAGUGCCUCUGGAGCUAAGGGUGAUCCGGCAAAGGAGGACAGGUUGCUAAAACAAGGAUGAGAUGAAAGCCAUUUAAGAAAAAGUUAAAUCCCUAGGUACUGUCCCCACUCUCCUUGCCCAGGAUGACUGCCUCUUACCUCAUUUGAAGGCUAUUUUCUGCAAGAGGUAAAAUAGGGCAUCUCUGAGCAAGACACCAGACACAGGUGAGGUCUUAGGUAUUGUAGAAAAAAUGGGGAUCAUUGGCCAUGCAUACUAAAUGCUAAAUCCUGAGAUUCCAUGCCUCCCAGAAUCCCAUACCCUCAUUUAGUUCCCCAAACAGCAGCAGUCAGACCUUUAUUCUUCAAAGAGGGAUUAGCAAUCUCUACUCUGGACUUGUCCAAGUCAAGAGAAAAUUUCACCCAAAGCUAAUGAUGUCAGACAUUCCCCAAUACACAGAUCACUAAUAGCACAUACAGGGAAACUCGAAGUUCCCCCCUUCACUAGCUCAGAGCUUCCAGUAGCCCUGUAGACUCUUAAGAACAGGCAACCAAGGCUUAAUAGACAUUCAAGGAAAGCUCCAACUUGGAGUAUAAAGCUUAAAGAAACAAUUAUAAGAAAUUAAAAAGAACAUUUAAGAAAUAUUGAAAUUAGGAGUUCCCAUUGUGGCUCAUCAGUAAAGAACCCAACUAGUAUCCAUGAGGAUGUGGGUUUGAUCCCUGGCCUUGUCCAGUUGGUUAAGGAUGCAGCAUUGCAAGGAGUUAUAGUGUAGGUUGCAGUGUAGGUUGCAGACAUGACUCAGAUCCUGCAUUGCUGUGGCUGUGGUGUAGUCCAGCAGCUGCAGCUCCGAUUUGACCCCUAGCCUGCGAACCUCCAUAUGGCACAGGUGUGGACCUAAAAAGCGGGGGGGGGGGGGGGGGAAAGAGAGAGAAAGAGAGAUAUUUCAUUUAAAGACUUGACUCACAUAGUUGUGUAAGCUUGGUGAGUCCAAAAUCUGAUGGAAUAGGCUGGCAGGCUGCAGAUUAGGGAAGAGCUGCAAUCUGAGUCCAAAAGCAGAAUGCUGGCAGAAUUUCUUCUUGCUUUGGGAGGGUCAGUCUUUGUUCUAUGACUGCCUUCAACUGACUGGAUGAGGUCCAUGCACUUCAGUGGAGGGCAAUCUGCUUUACUUAGACUUUACAAAGUCUACUGAUUUAAAUGUUAAUUUCAUCUAAGAGACACCCUUCACAGAAGCUUCAAAUUACUGUUUGACCAAAUACCCAGGCACCAUGGCUCAGCCAAGUUGACACAAAAGAUUAACCAUCACAAUAACAAUCCCAUCCACCCCAUUUCCUGACUUUGCAGUAUUUGCCAGCAAUGGUUGGGGUCAGGAUUGCCCUAUCACAAAUUACCAACUGGUUUGGGGCUCAGGGUUUGCAACAAAUGAAAAGCCCACGAGAGAGAGAAGGAGGAGGAGGAGAAGAAGAAGAAGGGGAAGAGGAAGAAGGGAAUAAGAGAAGAGAAGGGAAGGGAAUUCCUGCUGUGGUUUAAAGGCUCCAGCAUUGCUGCAGCUGCAGCAUAGGUCACAGCUGAGGCUUGCAUUUAAUCCCUGGCCUAGGAACUUCCAAUUGCCGCAGGAGCAACCAUUAAAAAAAAAAAAAGACGAGAAACCAAAGAAAGCUGAACAAAGCACAGCAAUGAAAUACAAGUAUGUUUUUAAGUCAAAAGGCAGUAAAACUAGGAGUUCCCACUGUGGUGCAGUGGAAACAAAUCUGAUUAGUGUCCAUGAGGAUGCAGGUUCCAUUCCUAGCCUCGCUAAAGUGGGUCAGGGAAUCUGGCGUUGCUGUGAGCUGUGGUGUAGCUUGCAGACUUGGAUUGGAUCCUGAGCUGCUAUGGCUGGGGCUGGAGCUGGCAGCUGUAGCUCAAAUUCAACUCCUAGCCUGGGAACUUUCAUAUGCCUCAGGUGCGGCCCUAAAAAGCAAAAUAAAUAAAUAAACAAAAUUUUUAAAAAAGCAGUAAAACCAGAUCUUUAACAAUCGGUAAUUAUAUAGGCAAAGGAAAUAGUGUGAACAGUAAAAACAACCAAAAAAGUAUAAGGCAAUAAAACAGAAGAAACAAUCCAAAAAUACAUGAAGAAAUUGAAACACAAACAUUUUUUAAAAUGAUCUAAAUAUCAUUCAUUGGAGUUCCCGUCGUGGCGCAGUGGUUAACGAAUCCGACUAGGAACCAUGAGGUUGCGGGUUCGGUCCCUGCCCUUGCUCAGUGGGUUAAUGAUCCGGCGUUGCCAUGAGCUGUGGUGUAGAUUGCAGACUCAGCUCGGAUCCCGCGUUGCUGUGGCUCUGGCGUAGGCCGGUGGCUACAGCUCCGAUUCGACCCCUAGCCUGGGAACCUCCAUAUGCCGAGGGAGCGGCCCAAGAAAUAGCAAAAAGACAAAAAUAAAUAAAUAAAUAAAUAAAUAUCAUUCAUUCAUUUAACAAAUGAUCUUCAUUGAUUCAUUCCACAGUUAUUGUCUGUACGUCUGACAAUACAUCAGGCACUGGCAGUAAACAGUAUCACUAAAGUUCCUGUCCCAAGGAGCCCGUCAUCCAGUGGGGAAGAGAGCCAUUAAAUAAAAAUUACAGAAGUAAUCAAAAUUUCAGUAAGUACUAAAAGAGAAAUAGAGGGUUCUAUAAGAUGCUAUCAUCUGAACUGAAGAUUUAAGUGAGUCUGAGAUGUUGAGGAAGGCUUUUCUGAGGAAUAUGUCACCCCAAAUAUGCUUUUUUUUUGCCUUUUCUAGGGCCGCUCCCGAGGCAUAUGGAGGUUCCCAGGCUAAGGGUCUAAUCGGAGCAGUAACCACUGGCCUAUGCCAGAGCCACAGCAAUGCCAGAUCUGAGCCGCAUCUGCAAUCUACACCACAGCUCAUGGCAACGCCGGAUCCUCAACCCACUGAGCAAGGGCAGGGACUGAACCCGCAACCUCAUGGUUCCUAGUCAGAUUCGUUAACCACUGCGCCAUGACAGGAACUCCCCAAAUAUACCUUUUGACAUAUGAAUUAUUUUAAGCUGAAGGCAAUUAAGAAGGAGCAAAUGCAAGAAACACCCUCCUUUCUCCUUAUUUGCCUAAAAGUGGGAUGUAAAUUUUGAAAGUGUCUCUCCUCCCCUCUCUGCCAGGAAAAACAAAGCUUAAUUGCUGGUGACAACUUUAGACCCAUAACAACCUAGAAGUGGUACUGGAAAAAUCUACACAACAAACUUUACUAACUAGUCUUUGUCUACCAUUAAUUUUCCCAUGUAUUUGCCUUCCCACAAUUCGCCACCCAUAGAAACUUAAGGUCCUUAGAGUUCCCGUCGUGGCUCAGUGGUUAACGAAUCUGACUAGGAACCAGGAGGUUGCAGGUACAAUCCCUGGCCUCGCUCAGUGGGUUAAGGAUCUGGCGUUGCUGUGAGCUGUGGUGUAGGUCUCAGACGUGGCUCGGAUCCUGUGUUGCUGUGGUGUGGGCUGACAGCUACAGCUCCGAUUCGACCCCUAGCCUGGGAACCUCCAUAUGCCGCGGGAAGCGGCCCUAGAAAAGGAAAAAAAAAAAAAAGAAAAGAAAAGAUACUUAAGGUCUUUUUCCUUCACCUCAUCACACCUCCAAAAAUUUCUUGCUCCUUUGCUAAGACUCAAUAUAAACUCAAGUUCUAACCAAGCCUUUGAGUUUCUCAUCUCUGAGUACUCCCAUGUGUUACACAUGUAGGUUAAUAAACUUCUGUUUGCUUUGCUCUUGUUAAUCUGUAUUUCAUCAGUCCAGUUUAUAGGGCCCCAAGCAGAGAACCUAAGAUGGGUAAUGAAAGAGAUUUUUCCUCCCCAAUGGGAAUAUGUUGAACAGAAAUAAUUAUAAACAUGUUAGCUAAAGUAACAUCAGUGUAUAUACAAUUAUAUGUAAUAGACAUGUAGCAGUGUGUUUAUAUAUAUACACAAUAUGCAAUGUAUACAGUAUAUAAAUGUAUCAAUGCAACACAUUGUAUACUCUAAACUUAUGCAAUUACUCAAUUAUAUCUCAAUUUAAAACACUUUUUGUUUAAAAUGUAAGAAGAUAAAAUAAAAAUGUUUCAGGUGAAAUGAA